AUGUCAUGGAGAUGGUUAUUUCCUGGAACGCUCGUUCGGGCUCAUAGACGACGAGCAAUGCGUCCACAAUCAUGUUGGCGAGGACUUCUUUCAAUGGUAUCAAGGUCAGCUUCGACGGCGCAUCAGAUGGCGUCAGGAAGACAACUCCACAGCACCACGACCGAGAAAGAAGAAGCGAGCUCGGCACACAUGGCUCACUGGGAUGCAGAAAUGGCGACGGAGCAAGCGCAGUGGAUGUUAUGUCUACGCCAGGAUGUUUGCGACGACCCCACACUUGUCCUGCAUGAGGAGUUUAGGCAAAAGUUCCGUGUCACCUACCGCGUCUUUGACAGGAUUGUGGACGCUCUCAAAGGGUCGGGUCUGGUUCAAGACCCGAGAGUCCCUAAACCUGGUCCGCCUCCGAUUCCCGCGGAGUCGAAGGUCCUCCACAUACUCAGAAUGCUGGCGGUGGGCGCGCAGUACGAUGCUUUCGAAGAAGGGUCUUUGUGCGAUGGGAAGACUAUCCAAGCUUUGUGCAUCAAACCGGCAAGCUCUCGGACGAAAGGUUUCUUUGAUUGGUUUGUGGAUCACUUCUAUGAUGAUUGGGUCCGUCCGCCCAACCGGGAAGAAAACAGAAAGAGAGUUGAAGUACACCGCGAGGAUUGGGAUGCCCGGCAUGAUCGGGCAGAUGGAUGCAGCUCACCUGGCUUGGGAUGCAUGUCCUGCGGGUGCACGCGGAUACCACUCAGGAAAAGAGGCCUACCCGACAAAGGCGUUUAA